CGUAUUGGUGUUUUUUUUUUUUUCUUCAGGUGUAGCAUGUCAUGAUCUCAUCAUCAUCAUCUACCUGGCCUUCAUAACUCGUCUUCCUUCCAGAAAGAUAUAAUAAGUAAAUUAGAAAUAAUCCAGGUGUUUGUUUUUUUCGGGAGGCUGUUCCACUUUUUUGGAAAGGUUUAUGGAUAAAUUAAGAGCAGUGUUGAGCGGCCAAGACGGAAACACCGACAGCACACCGAAUAUCAUCGAGACAGUGAAUGAAGCAUCCACACUGUCAUGGAGAACUCGGGUGAGGGGCUUUGCUAUCUGCAUGGGCUUCGGGAUCCUCUGCUCCAUCCUGGGUGUGUGCUUCCUGUUCCUCCCAAAAGUCGGGAUGAUUCUCUUCAUCGUCCUUUACACAUUCGGGAACAUCUGCUCCUUGUUCAGCACCAUGUUCCUGAUGGGACCGAUGAAGCAGCUGAAGAGAAUGUUUGACAAAACCAGACUCGUCGCAACGGUGGUCAUGCUGGUGUGCCUGGUGCUGACGCUGUGUGCAGCAUUUUGGUGGAAGAUUUUCGCUCUAGCGUUGCUGUUUGUUAUCUUGCAAGUCAUUGCGUUUACUUGGUAUGGCCUAUCGUACAUCCCAUUCGCAAGAGAUGCCAUAAUCAAGUUUUUCUCCAUGAUGGGCAAAAUGUGCUUAAACUGUGUAAAAAAUUGAUGUCGCCUCAAGAUUCGUCUACGCAACUUUGGCCCACACUUCACGGAGAUUGUUACAGAGAUUUUAUUAUGAUAAAUAUGGAGAAAAUGGAAAGCAUUGUGUUGGUGUCUGGGAUCUUUAUUCUGUUCUGUUCAGUCGAGAUCUAGUAAAUCUUUAAAUCUUCUAAACAUA